AUGGAUGCUAGACCACCAGCGCCCUCAGUGGCAUCUCUUGUAGACUGGCAUGACGAGCCAGCGGAUGAGGAAUUAGAGAGUUAUGCUGAGCCACCACCAGACUCAGUGGAAAGUACUGCACAAUGGCCUGAUGAGCCCUAUAACGAGAAGUUGGAAAGAGAAUCUGAGCCGCCACCAGACUCAGUAGAAAGUACUGCACAAUGGCCUGAGGAGCCCUAUAACGAGAAGUUGGAAAGAGAUUCUGAGCCGCCACCAGACUCAGUAGAAAGUACUGCACAAUGGCCUGAUGAGCCCUAUAACGAAAAGUUAGAAAGAGAUUCUGAGCCGCCACCAGAUUCAGUAGAAAGUACUGCACAAUGGCCUGAUGAGCCCUAUAACGAAAAGUUGGAAAGAGAUUCUGAGCAGCCACCAGACUCAGUAGAAAGUACUGCACAAUGGCCUGAUGAGCCCUAUAACGAAAAGUUAGAAAGAGAUUCUGAGCCGCCACCAGAUUCAGUAGAAAGUACUGCACAAUGGCCUGAUGAGCCCUAUAACGAAAAGUUGGAAAGAGAUUCUGAGCAGCCACCAGACUCAGUAGAAAGUACUGCACAAUGGCCUGAUGAGCCCUAUAACGAAAAGUUGGAAAGAGAUUCUGAGCAGCCACCAGACUCAGUAGAAAGUACUGCACAAUGGCCUGAUGAGCCCUAUAACGAAAAGUUGGAAAGAGAUUCUGAGCAGCCACCAGACUCAGUAGAAAGUACUGCACAAUGGCCUGAUGAGCCCUGUAACGAGAAGAUGGAAAGAGAUUCUGAGCCGCCACCAGACUCAGUAGAAAGUACUGCACAAUGGCCUGAUGAGCCCUAUAACGAAAAGUUGGAAAGAGAUUCUGAGCAGCCACCAGACUCAGUAGAAAGUACUGCACAAUGGCCUGAUGAGCCCUAUAACGAGAAGUUGGAAAGAGAUUCUGAGCAGCCACCAGACUCAGUAGAAAGUACUGCACAAUGGCCUGAUGAGCCCUAUAACGAGAAGUUGGAAAGAGAUUCUGAGCAGCCACCAGACUCAGUAGAAAGUACUGCACAAUGGCCUGAUGAGCCCUAUAACGAGAAGUUGGAAAGAGAUUCUGAGCAGCCACCAGACUCAGUAGAAAGUACUGCACAAUGGCCUGAUGAGCCCUAUAACGAGAAGUUGGAAAGAGAUUCUGAGCAGCCACCAGACUCAGUAGAAAGUACUGCACAAUGGCCUGAUGAGCCCUAUAACGAGAAGUUGGAAAGAGAUUCUGAGCAGCCACCAGACUCAGUAGAAAGUACUGCACAAUGGCCUGAUGAGCCCUAUAACGAAAAGUUAGAAAGAGAUUCUGAGCCGCCACCAGAUUCAGUAGAAAGUACUGCACAAUGGCCUGAUGAGCCCUAUAACGAAAAGUUGGAAAGAGAUUCUGAGCAGCCACCAGACUCAGUAGAAAGUACUGCACAAUGGCCUGAUGAGCCCUAUAACGAAAAGUUGGAAAGAGAUUCUGAGCAGCCACCAGACUCAGUAGAAAGUACUGCACAAUGGCCUGAUGAGCCCUAUAACGAGAAGUUGGAAAGAGAUUCUGAGCAGCCACCAGACUCAGUAGAAAGUACUGCACAAUGGCCUGAUGAGCCCUAUAACGAAAAGUUGGAAAGAGAUUCUGAGCAGCCACCAGACUCAGUAGAAAGUACUGCACAAUGGCCUGAUGAGCCCUAUAACGAGAAGUUGGAAAGAGAUUCUGAGCAGCCACCAGACUCAGUAGAAAGUACUGCACAAUGGCCUGAUGAGCCCUGUAACGAGAAGAUGGAAAGAGAUUCUGAGCCGCCACCAGACUCAGUAGAAAGUACUGCACAAUGGCCUGAUGAGCCCUAUAACGAGAAGUUGGAAAGAAAUUCUGAGCCGCCACCAGACUCAGUGGAAAGUACUGCACAAUGGACUGAUGAGCCCUAUAACGAGAAGUUGGAAAGAGAAUCUGAGCCGCCACCAGACUCAGUAGAAAUUACUGCACAAUGGCCUGAUGAGCCCUAUAACGAGAAGUUGGAAAGAGAUUUUGAGCCGCCACCAGACUCAGUAGAAAGUACUGCACAAUGGCCUGAUGAGCCCUGUAACGAAAAGUUGGAAAGAGAUUCUGAGCCGCCACCAGACUCAGUAGAAAGUACUGCACAAUGGCCUGAUGAGCCCUAUAAUGAGAAGUUGGAAAGAGAUUCUGAGCCGCCACCAGACUCAGUGGAAAGUACUGCACAAUGGACUGAUGAGCCCUAUAACGAGAAGUUGGAAAGAGAUUCUGAGCCGCCACCAGUCUCAGUAGAAAGUACUGCACAAUGGCCUGAUGAGCCCUAUAACGAGAAGUUGGAAAGAGAAUCUGAGCCACUACCAGACUCAGUAGAAAGUACUGCACAAUGGCCUGAUGAGCCCUCUAAUGAGAAGUUGGAUAUACAUGAUGAGCCCCCCAAUAAGGAAUGUUUGGCAACCACCUCUAUCUUUGCAGAAUAUUGUCGUUUGAGAGCAUCUCUUAGUGUUGGCCUUAUGAAACCUACGCCCUUAAAAACAGGACCAUUUCCGAUCAAAACAGCCUUUAUUGUUACAGGCCCACCGAAGAAGAGGGCCUUUACUGAACGGAAGGUGUGUCCUAUUAAGGCAGCCUUCAUAGUCACAGGCCCUCCUAAGAUAAGAGCAUUUACUCCAAAGUAG